UCGGAGGAAGGCGGCAGCCGGCGGGAAGGCGGCGGCAGCGGUUAGCGCCAGGCGGCGCCGGCGUGGCCCCGCCCUCUCGGUCUGUACCGGAGUGGGGCUCGUCUUCCACCUCCCCGGCGCCCCAGCUUUGCUUCCGUCCCGCUCGCCCCCAGGCCCGGUGCGCACGCGUACCUGGCUCGACCUUCCCUCUCGCGGGGACUACAAGCCGUGCGCGCGCACCUACGCACGGAGCGACGCGUACGUCCACCUGCCUGCCUUACAGGGCACCUAGGAGGGACCUCUUCCUGGCCCAUCCGCGCCGCGCAGGCGCACGCCCACGCAGCGCCUAGACGCCCGACCCGAGCGUCCCGUCUCCUAGUAACCAGCCAUGACACAGACAGUAGGUUUUUACAGCAAUUCUCUGAUGCCCUUGAUAUGGUAGAAUGCUGUGUAUAUCAAGAGUAAGCUCUCGUUUGAGGAGACUAACAAUUCCUGUUUUUGCCAGUAAUCGAGUUGAAGAAACACUUCCACUACUUAAAAAUUACUUUCAUAUUUGUUCAGCUAUCCCAAUGGGAUUUUCACUUAGUAAAUCUGCUACUCAGGUAUCUGCUAUGCAUAUGGAUUCCAAAGUGGACGAUCACUUAAUACGAGCGACUGAAAAAAGCAGGUUGGAACCAACGACUCAGUUAUUUCAAAACACCAAGAAAAUAAGAUUAGAAGACACAAAUCAAGAAAACUUUUCAAGGAUUGAAGGGACUGGCACAAGAUCUCUUUCUGAGAAAGCCUUGGGUUCAGUGGUAUACGUCAAAGAAAGUGAUGGACUAGAAAUGACAGAUGUGGAAUGAAGCAAUUUGUAUGUAUUACCAAACCAACCAAAAACUGCCUUUGAUUAAGAGGGGGUGUUGAAAGAGAACUUAACCUUAUUAGGAAACCCUAACAAAAUGAUGGAAGACUAUUGCUUUAUUUCUUACUAUUUGUGAAUCAUCUUAGACUGCAUUUUUUGAUUAUGCCUAUUCAAAAGGCAGUUGCUUUUAGAGUGAAAAAGCCUUCCAAAAUUCAAAGCAGAUUUCUCUGGUAUUAUAUUACAUCCUUCUUAAAAACCAGAGCUUUUAAGUAACAGUAUUUGAAUGGCACCAAAACAUUUUCAUUUUAAUAUAUAUCUUUAACAAGUGAUUUUAAAAAGUGUCUAAGCGGCCGGGCAUGGUGGCUCAUGCCUGUAAUCCCAGCACUUUGGGGGGCCGAAGCGGGUCGAUCACCUGAGGUCAGGAGUUCGCAGCCAGCCUAGCCAAUAUGAUGAAACCCUAUCUCUACUAAAAAUGCAAAAAAUUAGCCAGGUGUGGUCGUGGGCGCCUGUAAUCCCAGCUACUUGGGAGGCUGAGGCAGGAGAAUCGCUUGAACCCCGGAGGCGGAGGUUGCAGUGAGCUGAGAUCAUGCCAUCGCACUCCAGCCUGGGCAACAAGAGCGAAACUCCGUCUCAAAAAAAAAAAAGAAAGGUCCAAGCAAUGUGACAUCAGUAUUUCAUAGUAUUUCUGGUGUACCGGUUUUGUAUGUUACAUUUCCAUUUUGGGAUUCUGCUUUAGGAUACUUUACUUUCUUACAUUUUGCAUUUUUGUUCUGUAAAAGAUCACUGCAGAUAAACUGAAAAGGCCAAUAAAUGCAUAUCUUCAGAAGGAUUUCACAUUUUAAAUCGUGCCUUUGAAACUGCUUUUCCCCCCACAUAGAAUCCAUUUUAGAGUUAGAAAAGUAUUCUUUCCAAGUGUUAAUAGUUUGUCUUGCAGAUGAUACCAUUUUAUGUCACCAAUAUUUAAUAUGAGAAAAACAACUUGGUGUUUAAAAACCUUGUUUGUGUAUCAGUUAUGAAAAUAUGUGGUAGUUGGAAAUCUCUUUAAUAUUCAUUUUAAAAGAGGAAAGGGCAUCUUUUCGGAGGCGGGGAGCUAUAUUUUAUUAAUCAGAAAAAUACUAAACAAAUGUGUUUGUAGGGAAUAUUGAGAGUGAAAAACAAUUGUUGAAUGGGACAUAAGCUAAAAAGACAAUGCUUUUUAUUAUUUACGGAACGUAAUUCUUUAGGAGAGAAAAAAAUACACAAAUCAUUCAUUUGUUCACCUAGCCUGGCACUGUGCUUGGUGCUGGAGAUACAGCAGUGAAUAAAAUAGCCACUGCCUUGUAGAGUUUUGUGCCUACUAGGAAAGACAGGACAUUAUACAGUAAUUAUAUAAGAUGCCAAUUGUGAUAUGCCAUGAAGAAACGUAUAGCAUUCAGAGAGACAUAACACAAGACAUACCACAUAAA